AUGAUAAACGUAGAGGACCAAUUAGAAAUACUUAAGAGUGGAGAUUUGCUUUCUAAAUUGAAAAUUUCUUCAAAACCCACAAGAAUGGUCAUUCUCGUAGAGAAUAUUAAUAGUAUUUUCCAAAAUGUCUUGAUUAAUGAGGCUAAGAAAUACUGUGGUGGUAAGACAAGCAAGAUAAUUCAUGAACAAGCCAACCCUGUAAACAAUCCAAUUAAUGUUUCAUUUGUGUACAAUGAGAAAGCAAUGAUCAUGUACAUAAAUGUCUCAAAGGAAAAGAACAAGUUGAAAAAACUUGUUACUGAAGAAGAGCACGUCACUUUCUUCAAGAUUUCCAAAUCUCAGACACAAAUCAACGAAGCUGAUAUAUUUGGAAAUUUGGAAAAUCAAAUUUCCAAAUUUGUGUUCAAUGAAGAGCAAGAGAAAAGAAAGCGAACAGUUGAAGAUGAAGACAAAGAAAAGAAGAAGAGACGUGAUGAUUGUGAAGAAGAAUUAGAGCAAGAGGAAAUUGUUAAUGGAAAUCCACAUUAUAUGGAUUCAUAUGAAAAAGGAAUUUACAAUAUCUUGAAAUCUGUUUGGUUGAGAAACAAUAAAUAA